AAGGAUUCGAGGGCUCAGCCACACGUCUCACGCAGGAUUUGCAAUCUCACAUCAGGUCCUAUCUCCUGCGCGACACGAUCAUCCUUUCCUCUUGCGCUUCCCUUUUGACUCCAACUGCAAGUCUAGGGUUGGGGAAAUGGUCAUGGUGAUGUCGCAUAUGGAGUUUGUUGGUUGAGAAAGGAGCGUGCAUUUACUUCGCCUUCGCGUUUUCGUUUUUGCCGGUAUUCCUCACUUCGUUCCCAUUGCCGCUCUCCGAUUCGCAAGGAUGGAGGUUUCGCACGCCCACUACAGCCAGGAGCAAAAACCACAACAAUUAUAUACUCCGAUCCAGUCGGGCCUCGAAGUGGCGCCCCAACAAACCUCAUCCUAUUAUCAAUAUCCUCCCCAGCAAGGUGAGCGGACGAUAUUUGGACUUCGGAGGACAACUUUCUUCCUUAGUGUAGCCUUGGCAGUGGUCAUCAUCGCCGCCGCAGUGGGCGGUGGAGUAGGGGGGACACUUGCCGUCCAGAACGCGAGGAACAGCGCUAAAGCGCCUGCCGCGACCACGACGGUCACCGUAACCGCGACAGUCGGGCAGUCAACGGGCACGACCUCCUCGACCGGCACAGCCUCCUCGACCGGCACGACCUCCUCGACCGGUACGGCGACGGCGACGAGCGGCCUCGUGGUCCCGACGGGCGUCCUGGCGCUCGACUGCCCGGCCCUCGCCAACGCCGGCACGCAGACGAUCACACUGGGCGACAGCUCGUGGCACUUCACGCCCAGCUGCGGCACCGACUUUGUCUACCACGACAUCGGCGCCGUCAUCGUGUACUCGUUCCACGACUGCAUGCAGGCCUGCGCGGCACACAACCACUUCUACGGGGAGAACCAGUGCGUGGUUGCGCACUUCUCCGCCGAGAUGACCAAUGCCAUCGCGAACGAUUACGGGAAUUGUUGGUUGAAGAAUGCGACGGAGACUGUGAUCGUGGGGGGGGGGGACUUGGUUGCUAGUGCGCAGUUGGUGACCUAGUGAGGGUGAGGUUAUCGAUAGAGUGUCUAUUCGCGAGUGAAGAUAUCCCAUUUUGGUUGGCGUAGCAUUGUGAUUAUAGCAUGGUGUUAGUUGUCACAACGGGAAUAUAAUUUUGGAGCGGGAGUUGGGCAGCAUUGAAUAUUGACGCCAGCCCAACUGGGACUUGCCUCUUCGUCUUCCCCAAUCUGACGCUGCGUGGCAAACAGCGGAUGAGGCAGUUUAAAGACAUCCUCUGAGAGAUGUUGACGCGCUUUAACGGGAUGAUUCUGCAGUACGAGGCUGAUUCUGUUGCUGAAAGGAUCC